AUGUCACUAAGUUCAGUAUUUUACAUGAAAAUAAUGCGUUUACAAAUUGCUAUACCAUUGAUCUUAUUAUUUAUUCUAUUAUCAUCAACAACAAGUGUCGCGUCUGAUGAAGUCACUAUCGAGAAUAAUUCAACUGCUUCUAAUGCAACCAAAGAGGAACCAAUGCCGAAAUGGGCUGGCUUUAUUGGAUGUAUUGUAGCAUCAGGCGUUUUUGGUUCGUAUCUAUUACCAGUAAAACAAUUUUCUGUUGGUGAUGGGUUUUUCUUUCAAUUUGUUUUUUGUGUUGCUGUUUGGCUUGUUGGUCUUAUACUUGAUCUUAUUAUAGGAAAUCAACGUUUCUAUCCACUUGUACUAGUUGGAGGUGUAUUAUGGACAACAGGAAAUCUUGUAACAGUUUUUUGUAUAAAAACGUGUGGUCUUUCUGUUGGUUUAUUAAUUUGGGGAACAACAAGUUUAAUUAUGGGUUGGGCAGGUGGGCGUUUUGGAUUAUUUGGUGUUACAGCACAAGUACCAGUAUCAACAACAGAUAAAGCAUUAAAUUAUAUAUCAGUCGUAUUAGCUGCAAUUAGUGCAAUAUUCUUUCUUUUUAUUAAAUCAACAACAACAACAACACCAACAAAGAGAAAAGCUUCGUAUGAUGCUAAUUAUGACGGUCGGUCAACAAUGGAAUUGAGUGACAGAAGAAAUACGGAUAAGAACGAUGCAGAUAAUCUUGAAACUGAUUUUCCAUUUCUUAAUCGAAUAAAUGAGAAACUACAGAAAGUAUUGGGCUGUGUUUUGGCUGCUUUAGCUGGAGUUUUUUAUGGAUUGAUGUUUAUUCCUGAUCAAUAUAUACGUGAUCAUAAAGAUGAUUAUGUAUAUGAUACAAAACCAGCACCUAUGAAUGGUCUUUUUUAUAUUAGUUCACAAUAUGCAGGUAUACUUCUUUCAUCUUUAUUCUAUUUUGUUGUUUAUGCAGCAUUAAAACACAAUAAACCAGUUGUUAAUGCAUCGGUUAUUUUACCAGCCUUAGCUAGUGGUGCACUGUGGGCUAUAGCAAAUAUUGGUUUUAUUGUUGCUAUAAGUGCAUUAUCAAGUGCAGUUGCUUAUCCAAUUGUUAGUGUUUUACCUGGUAUUGUAUCUUCAUUAUGGUCGUUAUUUUUAUUUCGAGAAAUUCAAGGGAAAAAAAAUUAUAUAUUCCUUGGUAUUGGUAUGGUCAUUCGAAUUCUUGCUGCUGUAUUUAGUGGUCUUUCAGCCUAA